AGAAACCUCCAUGAGGAAAAUGCGCGCGAAGUGACGCGACACGCGCCGCUCUACAAGUGCUCUGACUAUCUUCCACGAACAGCGCGAGAAGUGGGGCGCGAAACCGACUAGCCCGUUUGAGGGGACAAACAUGACUGUGGUGCCCGGGGAGAACCUCGACGAGACUGUGGCAUUGGCAGCCCUGUCCCAAGAUGUUUACGACCCUGAACGGGCAGACCAGGAGUGCUGCGAGCGGGUGGUUAUCAACAUCUCCGGCUUGCGCUUCGAAACCCAAUUAAAAACACUGGCUCAGUUCCCUGCCACCUUACUCGGUGACCCCAGGAAAAGAAUGCGCUUCUUCGACCCUCUGAGGAACGAGUACUUCUUUGACAGGAACCGACCGAGCUUUGAUGCCAUCCUCUACUACUAUCAGUCUGGAGGCAGGCUGAGGAGACCCGUCAAUGUUCCUGUGGACAUCUUUAUGGAGGAGAUUAAAUUCUACGAGUUAGGAGAAGAAGUUAUUGAGAAUUUUAAGGAGGACGAGGGUUUCAUCAAGGAGGAAGAGCGACCUUUGCCCGAAAACGAGUUUCAGAGACAGGUCUGGCUGCUGUUUGAGUACCCCGAGAGCUCUGGACCCGCGAGGGGCAUCGCAAUCGUCUCGGUGCUCGUCAUUUUGAUAUCAAUUGUCAUCUUUUGCUUGGAGACUUUACCAGAGUUUAGGGAGGACGGGAAAAUGUACGAGCACCUCGCAUUCAAUGGAACUGCUAACGUUAGUUCAAAGAAGCCCAAUCCAUUCACAGACCCCUUCUUUAUUGUGGAGACCCUUUGUAUAAUCUGGUUCUCCUUUGAAUUGCUCGUGAGGUUUCUCGCGUGCCCAAGCAAGCCCGCCUUCUUCAAGAAUAUCAUGAACACAAUUGACAUCGUGGCUAUUAUUCCCUACUUCAUCACCUUGGGUCUGGAGUUGGCCGAGCAUCAGGGCAACGGCCAGCAGGCGAUGUCUCUGGCCAUCCUGAGGGUCAUUCGCUUGGUGCGGGUGUUCCGCAUAUUCAAGCUUUCCAGACACUCGAAGGGGCUUCAGAUCUUGGGCAAGACCCUGCAAGCGAGCAUGCGAGAAUUGGGUCUCCUCAUAUUCUUCCUUUUCAUUGGAGUAGUACUGUUCUCCAGCGCCGUGUAUUUCGCCGAGACAGACGACCCUGACUCGGGGUUCAGCAGCAUCCCCGAAGCCUUCUGGUGGGCAGUGGUUUCCAUGACAACUGUGGGCUACGGGGACAUGUGCCCAGUCACCAUCGGUGGCAAAAUAGUGGGCUCUUUAUGUGCCAUCGCUGGUGUGCUCACCAUUGCGCUUCCAGUGCCCGUCAUCGUGUCCAAUUUCAAUUACUUCUAUCACAGGGAGACCGAGCACGAGGAGCAGAUGCAGUAUAUACUGACCAAACGAUAUUUUCUAUCCCCUAACCCAACCCCAAACAAACCUAACCCUAAACCUACCCCUUACAGAAAACCUGUCAGUGUGACUUUGUGGCUUGCUGCAGUUGUUGGUGCAGUGAAAAUGAAACAGCACGGCUUUAGCUCUGGCUUUCACAGGGAUGAUAUUUACAUGGUUGCACGGCAGCACGGUGUUGAUAUUCCUAAAACAGUCUAUGGUGGUACCAUUACAACUGGUGGUGUUACUUUCAGUGCUCUUACUGUCAGUAGUGUUACUGUUGCUAGUGUCACUGUCAGUGGAGUUUCUGUUGAUGGUGUUACUGGUGGUGCCAUUACUGCUGAUGGUAAUACUGUCAAUGAUGUUACUGCCAUUGCUGUUACUGUUGAUGGUGUCACUGUCGAUGGUGUUACUGCUGGUGGUGUCACUGUCAGUGGCGUUUCAGUUGAUGGUGUUACUUUCAGUGGUGGCAUUACUACCAAUGGUGGUUCUGUCGAUGGUGUUACUGGUGGUGCCGUUACUGCUGGUGGUGUUACUGUCAAUGACGUUACUGCCAGUGCUGUUACAGUCGAUGGUGUCACUGUCAGUGGUGUUACUGUUGAUGGUGUUACUGUCAGUGGUAUCAUUACUACCAAUGGUGGUUCUGUUUAUGCUGUUACUGUUGGUGGUGUCACUGUCAGUGGUUUUACUACCGGUGAUGGUGCUGUCUAUGGUAUUACUGGUGGUACCAUUACUGCGGAUGGUGAAACUGUCAAUGAUGUUACUAACAGUGCUGUUACUGUUGAUGGUGUUACUGCUGGUGGUGUCACUGUCAGUGGUGUUUCAGUUGAUGGUGUUACUGUUUCAAGUUUAUUUUUCUGUACUGUCAAUGAUGGCAUUACUACUGAUGGUGGUUCUGUUGAUGCUGUUACUGUUGGUGGUGUCACUGUUAGUGGCGUUACUGUCGAUGGUGGUUUUACUACCGGUAAUGGUGUUGUCUAUGGUAUUACUGGUGGUACCAUUACUGCGGAUGGUGAAACUGUCAAUGAUGUUACUAACAGUGCUGUUACUGUUGAUGGUAUUACUGCUGGCGGUGUCACAGUCAGUGGUGUUUCAGUUGAUGGUGUUACUGUCAAUGAUGGCAUUACUACUGAUGGUGGUUCUGUUUAUGCUGUUACUGCUGGUGGUGUUUCUGUUAAUGGUGUCACUGUCAGUGGUGUUACUGUUGAUGGUGGUUUUACUACCGUGGCUACUGUCGAUGGCAUCAAUGACAAUGACAUUACUGUUAGUGAUGGUGUUACUGUUGAUGGUGUUGCUGUUCAAUGGUGGUGUUACUGUUGA